ACAAUGAUGAAGGUAAUGAAUGACAGCACAGGAGGUGACUUCAUCCUGGUGGGUUUUUCAGACCAACCCAAGCUGGAGAAGAUCCUCUUCGUAGUUGUUUUGAUCUCCUACCUUCUGACCCUGCUAGGCAACACUGCCAUCAUCUUGGUAUCUCGCCUGGAUUCGAAACUCCAUACACCAAUGUAUUACUUCCUCACCAAUCUCUCCCUCAUUGAUCUCUGCUUUACCACAAGUAUUGUUCCUCAGCUGCUGUGGAACCUGAGGGGACCAGCCAAGACCAUCACUCCCAUAGGCUGUGCCAUCCAACUCUAUGUCUCUCUGGCCCUGGGCUCUACUGAAUGUGUUCUUCUGGCCGUCAUGGCAUUUGAUCGGUAUGCUGCUGUAUGUAGACCACUCCACUAUGCUACUUUCAUGCACCCAAGACUAUGUCAGACCCUUGCAGGAGUUGCAUGGGUGAGUGGUUUGGGCAACACAUUAAUUCAGGGCACCAUCACUCUUCAGUUGCCUCUCUGUGGGCACAGAAGGCUUUAUCAUUUUAUAUGUGAAGUUCCUGCCAUGAUCAAGUUGGCAUGUGUAGACAUUCAUGCCAAUGAAAUACAGCUUUUUGUAGCUUCCUUGGUUUUGCUCCUCCUGCCUUUGGGGCUGAUUUUAAUUUCCUAUGCACUCAUUGCUCAGCAAGUGCUAAGAAUCAGGUCAGCCCAAGCUUGGCAAAAGGCCAUGAGAACCUGUGGAUCACAUCUUUUGGUGGUGACCCUUUUCUAUGGCACCAUCACAGCUGUCUAUAUCCAACCUAAUAGUUCCUAUGCUCAUAGGCAAGGCAAGUUCAUUACACUUUUGUAUACUGUGGUGACUCCCACCCUCAACCCCCUCAUUUAUACUCUGAGGAACAAAGAUAUGAAGGGUGCACUUAAAAGGCUUCUAGGAAAGGAGCCAAGGUAA